GUAAAAUUCCAACCCUGUCCAGCGGAUUCGAGGUUUCUUCUCCUCUCAUAUAUUCACAUUAUAUAUCAAUCAUGGCUGACAUCAAGCCCCCUUUCACUGAAGAAUCAGCUCGGAAGAAGGUCAAGGCAGCCCAGAACCUAUGGAAUACUAAGGAUCCCGUGCGAGUUGCACAGGCUUAUACACCCACAUGUAUUUGGCGCAAUCGGACUUCAUUCUUCUCUGGAACAGAAGGAAUCAUUGAAUUCUUGACGGCGAAAUGGAAGAGGGAGAAAAGCUAUAAGCUACGAAAGGAACUAUUUUCAUUCACCAACAACCGCAUCGCAGUGCAGUUUUGGUACGAGUAUCAAGAUGCUGAUGAUAGUCUGCGUUGGAAGCGUUGCUAUGGCCUCGAAGACUGGACCUUCGAUCCGGAGACAGGAAAGAUGUGUAAGAGAAUGAUGAGCGGCAACGAUGUGCUCAUCGGCCCCGACGGAAAUGGAGAGGGAAGAUGGUUCGUGGAAGGAGUAGACGUCGAAGACGUUAAGAUCGGAGAGGAGCAUUGGUGAAAGUUUACAUCUAAUUGUCUGCGCAUCUUGGGGCCGCUGUCUUUUACUGUAUUAAGAAGAACACCCAUCCCCAGUCAUUAAAGUGAAAGGUAAUGCGAUGGAGAUAUGGCGAAUCAUGAUGCUCCGUAUGCUAUGUGGGAUGCGAGAAGUACUGUAGGAUUCCAAGUUCGGUUUCUCCGUCAUCCUUUUCGACAAGGGAACCUAUCAACACAUUAGGAAGUGUUAUGCCAUUAGCAGUGGUGAUUUGAUAAUAUCUUGGAUAAGACACUCGAGGACUGGCUUGCGUCCACAAGCAGAGAUCGCAGGUGAAAUCCCCGAAGCCCAAUGCAAGAGUAGAGGAAAACAGUUAUCCCUAUCUUUGUGAUUUAAAUCUAGUGUAGACAAGGG